ACGACGACGAGCUGCUGCAGGUCCCGCGUUUGGUGCCCACGUGGGAAAAGCCCAUAAUAAUUGGCCGCCACGCCUUCGGCGAUCAGUACCAAGCGGUGGAGUUCCGCGUGCCGGGGCCGGGGACUGUGAAAAUAACUUACACUCCCGAGGACGGGGGUCCCGGCGAGACGCGGGAAGUGCACCGGUUCGAAGAGGGGGGGGUUUGUCUGGGGAUGUUCAACCAAGACAGCAGCAUAAGGAGUUUUGCUGCUGCUUGUUUUUGCUGCGCCUUGGAAGCAAAAAUGCCUCUUUAUCUUUCCACCAAAAACACAGUUUUGAAAACUUAUGACGGAAGAUUCAAAGACAUCUUUCAGGAACUCUACGACAAACAGUACGAGCACCGCCUAGUGGAUGACAUGUUUGCCUACCUUUUGAAGUCCCGCGGGGGCUUCGUCUGGGCCUGCAAAAACUUCGAAGGAGACUUGGGAAGUGAUUUGGUGGCUCAAGGGUUUGGGUCUUUGGGGAUGAUGGUAUCUUUUCUGGAGUCUGCUGCAGCAGCAGAAGGAGCAGCAGCAGCAGCAGAUGGCGCAGCAGCAGCAGCAGCAGCAGCAGCGUUUGCUGCGGAAGCAGCACACGGCACUGUGCGCAGACACUUCCUGCUGCAGCGCAGCGGCUGCAGCGCCAGCAGCAACCCCGUGGCCUCGGCCUACGCGUGGGCGCGGGGGCUGCUGCGGCGGGGGCAGCGGGACAGCAACUUGCUGCUGCAGCAGUUUGCUGCUGCUCUCGAAGCAGCUUGCUGCAGCGCCAUCGAGGCUGGAGUUAUGACCAAAGACCUCGCCACUGCCAUCAAAGGAGAUAAAGUUUCCGAAAAGGAUUAUGUUGACACCAAACAGUUCAUCAAGGAAGUCCAGAAGCACCUCGAGCAGGCCCUAGUCAAACUCGGAGUCAUCACUGAGUAG